GGCAGAGAUGGGAAGAUAAGCUUUGACUGUAGACAAAUAGCACUGUGCAAGAUGUGAGGACUUUGUGCACCAGCGAGACAUGUCUGAAAGUUCCUCAGGUCUGACCACAAGCAACGAAAAGUUCUGUGAAUCCUAUUUAUCCUGCUGCUCCAUCCUGAGAGACACCCCCCCAAUUCCAGGGGGUUUAUCACAAGGCAGAGGAAUCGUCAGGCCGAGCUGUGACCCUGGGCUGCCUCCCCCACUUCCCUCUGACUCCUUCAAGUACCUUGGCUGGUGUGACAUAGAGGAACACGAUGUUCGAGGAAAUCAGCUCCUUUGUCCCCGAGUGAGAGAAGGGCCCUCAGAAGAGGAGCUGUUUUUCAGAAGAGAAGAAUGCCCUUUGAAAAAAAGAAAACAAGUAACUGACACAGAGAAAUGGGAAAAGAGGCUGCAAGAGAACUGGGAAAACUGUGCUGAGCUGAACCUUUCAUUCCAGGACCUGGGUGAUCUUUACCAGGUGGAAAACUUCCAGAGGAUUCUCCGAAGAUUAAUUCGGGUGGAAAAGCUGUGGUUGGUGGACAAUUCCCUGACAGACCUCAGUGCCAUAAGGUUGCCAAGAUGCAGAGAAUUAAAUGUCAAUAAAAACCACUUCAGAUCCUUCAAACAGCUGCCAAAGAUCCCUCAGAUUCAGCACUUAUCUCUGGCUGAAAAUAACAUUACGACACUAAGUGGAAUAUCAGAUUUCAGACACACUCCGCUCGAAUCCCUCAUUCUCAAGAGGAAUCCCUGCGAGUUCCAAGAAAGAUACAGACAACUUGUAUUCUCCAGUUUGCCAAACCUGAAAAUGCUGGAUGGGAUCCCAAAACUGCCAGAGGACUGUUCACCCCCAGAAAUCAGGUUUUUUUACAAAAUGUGUACUAUACUCUAGCACUGUAUUUUUGGGGGAUCACAACUGUGCUUACAACCCCCUCGCUGAAAACAGACAAUAAAUCCUACUUAGGGAAGUUGCUUUUUUUUUCCCCUAACCAAAGAGAUUUUGAAGCAGAAAUAUAAUAGUUUUGGAUGCAUUUGUGAUACCACAGACUUCAAGUAAGUAUGGAAAUGGAUGUGUAAAUAACACAUAAUGUGUAUACUGAGUGUCAUGAGUUCAAUAUAUUAAAAAUAGUGGGUGACUUUCUUGUCGGGGAGCUCUGUGUAGAAAACAACUCACAAUUACUGACUCCCACCUCCCUUACUUAAAACUUAUCCAAGUUCAGACCCCGAGUUCAUUGUGGGAAAUGGCACAGGGAUGAACACCCAGGCUGCAAAGGAAAGGGAAAAAAAUCCCACAAGUCAAUAGAAGAACCCACCCAUGUCCUCGUGCUCUUUAAUGUGCUUUGUAGGUGGGCAAAGCAGAGCCACCCCCACCAUUCUGACCCUUAGAAAUAAAAAGAAAUAAUGCAAAA